CACCUGCUGCAGGUGUCCCCAGGUGGUUCAGAGGCGUGGCCGUAUGCCCCCCAGCCCCCCGCCCCGCUCCUCCCGGUUCCGAGCUGCGGGGCGACGGCUCGCGUGCCCGCCGAGGGGAGGUCAGGCGCCUCGGGAAUCUGGGGCCCGCUGGCGCGGCGCCCGGCCCAGGGCACCCCCGGCGGCCGUGAGGCCGCGCCUCCUCCCGGAACUGGCCGGCGCGGCCGGGCGGGAGGAGAGGCGGCAGCCGGGCUUUCGCGCACCGCGGGCCAUGGAGGUCCUUCCCACGGGCGGGGGCCGGACGGGGCGCCCGGAGCCCGAGGCAGGGCGGGAGGACGCGGCGGAGGAAGCGGUCGCCGGUGCGCCCCGGUCUGUGUGCCUGCGCGGGGCGCCCCCGGCGGAGCAGCCUCGAGGCUCCCGGGACUCCUGGGAGGCCGAGGAGGACCCGGAGCCCGGCGAGCCGCGGAGCGGCAGGACGAGCCGCACGGCGUCCCUGGUGAGCGGCCUGCUCACCGAGCUGUACAGCUGCACUGAGGAGGAGGAGGCGGCUGGCGGGAGCCGGGGGCCCGGGGGUCGCCCACGGCGCCGCGACAGCCUCGACAGCUCCACGGAGGCCUCCGGCUCCGACGUGUUCCUGGGCGGCCGCGGCGGCGACUCCCGGGUGCUGCAGGAGCUGCAGGAGCGGCCGAGCCAGCGGCACCAGAUGCAGUACCUGUGGCAGAAAGACACUGAUGAACUGAAGACAAUCCUUCAAGAGCUGAAGUAUAGAAUUGGCGUGCAAUCUGCAAAGCUACUUCGGCAGCUGAAGCGAAAAGAUAGGCUUCUGCAUAAAGUACAGAGAAACUGCGAUAUCGUGACUGCGUGCCUGCAGGCCGUGUCCCAGAAGCGGAGAGUUGACACAAAGUUGAAGUUCACUCUUGAGCCAUCUUUAGGUCAGAAUGGUUUUCAGCAGUGGUACGAUGCUCUCAAGGCAGUUUGCAGACUAUCAACAGGAAUACCAAAGGAAUGGAGGAGAAAGGUUUGGUUGACCUUGGCAGAUCAUUAUUUGCACAGUAUAGCUAUCGAUUGGGACAAAACCAUGCGCUUCACUUUCAAUGAAAGGAGUAAUCCUGAUGAUGACUCCAUGGGAAUUCAGAUAGUCAAGGAUCUUCACCGCACAGGCUGCAGUUCUUACUGUGGCCAGGAGGCUGAGCAGGACAGGGUUGUGUUAAAACGGGUCCUUUUGGCCUAUGCUCGAUGGAACAAGAAUGUUGGUUACUGCCAAGGCUUUAACAUCCUGGCUGCUCUAAUUCUGGAAGUGGUGGAAGGCAAUGAAGGGGAUGCACUGAAAAUUAUGAUUUACCUUAUUGAUAAAGUACUUCCUGAAAGCUAUUUUGUCAAUAAUCUCCGGGCAUUGUCUGUGGAUAUGGCUGUCUUCAGAGAUCUCUUGAGACUGAAGCUCCCUGAAUUAUCUCAGCACCUGGAUACCCUUCAGAGAACUGCAAACAAGGAAAGUGGAGGUGGAUAUGAGCCCCCACUGACGAAUGUCUUCACGAUGCAGUGGUUUCUGACUCUUUUUGCUACGUGCCUCCCUAACCAUACAGUCUUAAAGAUUUGGGAUUCAGUCUUCUUUGAAGGUUCGGAAAUCAUCCUGAGGGUAUCGCUGGCCAUCUGGGCAAAAUUGGGAGAGCAGAUAGAAUGCUGUGAAACAGCUGACGAAUUCUACAGCACCAUGGGACGCCUUACCCAGGAGAUGCUAGAGAAUGACCUUCUGGAAAGCCAUGAACUCAUGCAGACUGUUUAUUCUAUGGCUCCAUUCCCUUUCCCACAGUUGGCAGAGCUGAGGGAAAAAUACACCUACAACAUUACACCAUUCCCAGCCACAGUUAAACCCACCUCAGUUUCUGGACGACAUGGUAAGGUCAGAGACAGUGAUGAAGAGAAUGACCCAGACGAUGAAGAUGCUAUCACUAAUGCAGUGGGGUGCCUUGGACCUUUCAGCGGGCUCCUGGCACCCGAACUGCAGAAGUACCAAAAGCAAAUUAAAGAACCAAAUGAAGAGCAGAGUCUGCGGUCUAAUAACAUUGCAGAGCUGAGUCCAGGAGCGAUCAACUCUUGUCGAAGUGAGUACCACGCAGCUUUCAACAGUAUGAUGAUGGAGCGCAUGACCACGGAUAUCAACGCGCUGAAGCGGCAGUAUUCUCGGAUUAAGAAGAAGCAGCAACAGCAGGUUCAUCAGGUGUAUAUCCGGGCAGAUAAAGGGCCAGUGACCAGCAUUCUCCCAUCUCAGGUAAACAACUCUCCGGUCAUAAACCACCUUCUUUUAGGAAAGAAGGUGAAGAUGUCAAACAGACCUGCCAAGAAUGCGGUCAUCCACAUCCCCGGCCACACAGGAGGCAGAACGUCUCCUGUCCCUUAUGAGGACCUCAAGACAAAGCUCAAUUCUCCGUGGCGAACUCACAUCCGAGUCCACAAGAAGAACAUGACGAGGACCAAGAGUCAGCUGGGCUGCGGGGACACCGUUGGGCUGAUAGAAGAGCAGAAUGAGGGCUGCAAGACUAAGAGCCCGGGGGUGGCGGAGUUCCCCUCCAGCCGCGCAGCGGCAGCUGGAGGAGAAGGUGGCAGCUCGGAAGGCCGUGUGGGGAGGACAAUCGAAGGGCAGUCUCCGGAGCCAGCGUUUGGGGAUGCCGACGCUGACGUGUCUGCGGUCCAGGUGAAGUUAGAAGCCUUGGAACUGAACCGCAGGGAUGCUGCUGCCGACCCCGAGCCCAAGGCACACGCGCCCUGCCAACGGCACUUCCCGGAGCUGCCUGAUACGCCCGGGGAAACCAAACCUCCCCAGGGCGGCCACCUGAAAGCACCCAUCUUUAGCCCUUUCCCCAGCGUCAAACCACUACGCAAGUCAGCCACUGCCAGGAACUUGGGAUUAUAUGGUCCUACAGAAAGAACCCCAACCGUGCACUUUCCUCACAUGAGCAGGGGCUUCAGCAAAUCCAGCGGUGGAAACAGUGGCACUAAGAAACGAUGAUGGCCUUCAGAAGCUUCGACUGUAGAUGCGCCUUCCCAUGGUGGUAAAAGGGUUCCGGCUAAGGCUCCAAAAGAGUGUUAAUUGUCCAGUGAAAAUGAAUAGAUAGGUUCAGAGAUGAACACCAGUCUGUAAAGAUGGGAAAUGGAACUUUUCUAGUGGGAGCCAGGACGGGGAUGUUUUCCCACCCACCGCUAACCGAUCCAGUGAAUUCUUGUGGCAGCAUAAAUAUUGUAGUUUUAAAGCGUGAAGUUUUCCCUAUUUUUAAUCGUGAGUUGUUUAGAAAAGACUGCGUAUUUAGACUGUUAACCCCUCUUCCUUCUUCCUGUUCUGAGGGCUGUCAGGGUCCCUGCGACAACACUCCUCCAAACCUUCUGGUACUCUGGGCGUUAGUGAUACUCAAGCAUGCACACACUAGCUCGCUAGAACAGAAACUGUACAAAGGAAGUAGGUUUCUUAGUUACAAAAAACAUCCUGAUUUCCCUCUUCCUGCCCCACUGGGGGAAUGUUUGUGUGUGUGCGUUUUUCUUCAGUAGUUUCUCUCAGCCAGUCUGAAGAUUGUUUUUUCAUUCUAGAGCUAAAGUGCAGGAGAAAAAUGUAGAUAGCCUUAGUUUCUCUUUCUGCCUGCAAAAUGAAGAAAACCCUUUAUCUGUUGAAAUUUAGGUUAAGCCACCAAUUUGAAGAUCUUAUCCAGAGAACACACACGGGAUAUGCAUUAAGCAAUCGCUCUGAACGGCUUGCUGAUUCUGCUAAGCUUUCCCCAAGGUUCAUUUUUUUCCCCUCUAAGAAGAAUUAUGGUCCUCAGUGUUGGGAUGACUUGGUGGGCUCUCCACGGAGCGUGUCCCGUGUUGUCCGCCGUGCAGCUCACUUACCUACCAGCUCUUCAUGGCAGACGCAGCGAUGCUCGAUCGUGGCUCGAGCCGUGUUCACGGCUGCUGCUCGGAAGCCAGAAACACAGCACCUGCAAUUCUGUUACUUGAAUUUUGUGCUUUUUUGAUUGGAGCACUUUGUUGAGUACUUUUGUUACUUGAACACUGCCUUUCUUUGGAGAAGGCAUUAGUGCUUUCUAGCUCUCUCUUACCCACUUCUCUCCUGGUCCCAGCGGGUCAGAGACAGCACCUGUUAUCUCCACUAUGCAGAUGGGAAUUCUGAGCCACACGGAGGUGAAGUAGCAUUACAGGCAGAUACUCAAGGUGAAUACUCCCAGUAUUCCCUGUGACUUGGUCACAUCUCCUCUGGCACGAUAGGCAGAUUUACUGCUCUUUGUACACAGAUGCAUUGGCUGUAUAGGUUCUAAAAGCCAAGACUGGGAGGCCACUCACUGUACUCCCUCUCGACUCAGAGGACCUUUCUCCAGAUGGUACAGAGUCCCGUGAUGGCGUUUCACAAAACCAGCUCUGUUUUUACCCAAAAAGGUAGUUCAUUUUAAAAAUGCUUCGUGCAGCUGUCAUUUGAACAAAGGCUCACUCCUCAGUCCCCUUGUCUUACUGUUAUCCGAAGAAUAGCCUCAGCAUCUUUAUCCUCCUCUCUGAUAGACCUUGACCAUGCCUGCAGGCACAUUGUCGAUGCACGCAGUGUUCAUUUGGGCUAAUUGGAUUGCCAAUUCUGAAACCAAAGCUAUAAUUUUAGAGAGGGCUUCUACUGUGAGAGGUAUUAAUUUUCAUAAUAAAAUAGAGAAUGUGGUAGUGUGGGCUUUUUUUUGAGUAGAAGACACAAGAAUGACAUACAGUGAGAAAAGCCAUGUUAUCCCUUUUGUGGUAUUUUUACCCCCAAAGGCACUGAAGGUGGAAAAUAUGACUACUGAGUUAUUGCGGUGUUGGUCUCGAAUUCUGUGCCACCUGAGGUUGGCAUGCAGCUUCUUAAAAAGCAGCCACGCCCACCACCUGUCUUGGGAAGGAAGGAAGUGGGAUGUUGGGCUUACCUCGCGUCCCGCCCCAGGGAUGAGACCACUGCAUUUUUCAAAGUUAAGCAAAUGACACGAUUUUCUUCCAUCUGCUAAAACUUUACAGAUAAUGAUUCCACCUUAUAUUCUUUUCUCCUCCCCCACCCCAAUGAGUCAGAACAGACUCAUCCCUUUGAGGGAUGUCUGACUGGAAUGGAGGAGUAGUCUCUCUUCUCUUGAGUCAGCCCCACGCUCCCUGAGGAUCUAGGUCCAGGGAGGUGGAUGCUGGGGCGGAGCCGCUUACCACAGUCCUUGGGAUGGCGCUGUUGUGUCUGCUAAGUGUCUUAGUGUUGGUGACACAGGCCCCACCAGUUUCCCUCUGAUGGUCUUUCUGGGAGAGGGACGGACGAGACGGGCGCAUGCUUUGGAAGAAGUAUUUUAGCCCAAAUGGAAGAAUGAAUAACUGAAAGGAUCAUAGUCCUCGGAGGUCAAAAUGACCUUGUCAGGAUUUUAAAAACCGAAGGAUUUCUGUUGAAGCACUCUCUGUACCAAUAACAUGCAUGCAUUGUACCGUGUAAUCGCAAUGUGAAUCGGUCAACUUUGGAGACUUGCCUACUUUAGGAAAUAGAGAAAUCUGCAGUAGCCUUCACCACACAGCAUGUACAAAGACCAGUAUGGACUCGUUCUCCUCCCUACGUAUUGGACACUGUACUCAAGCACCAGAAGUACUUACCAAGUAGCGGUUUCUCGAUUUCUAGGUCUGUCUGUCCCCUGUCAGCACUUGUGCGGGGAGUCCCCUCCUUCCAGUGCUUCUGCACCUCAAUACUCUUACAAAAGCCUCCAGAUGGUUUAAACCUAGUUUGUAAUGUUUGACCUAUGGGCUGUCACUCUUUGAAACAUUGUAUUCCUUUUUCUUUUUUCUUUUUUGUCUCUGUUGUUCUGAAGAAUUGUACUGAUUACAAAGACAUGCGCAUAAAGAUUCUUGUUGGUGUA